AUGGUUAGACCAUCAGAAACAGCGAUGUUUUUACUCUUAGUGACUUUUGUUGCGCCAUCUUUAGCUUCAAAUAUUUUGUAUCCAGUGGAAAGUGAAAGUCGCGAACUUCGUACUUUACACGGCUUAUGGAACUUCAAAAUAUCUCCACUAUCUAACCAACAGAUCGGGUUUGAUAAAAAAUGGUAUGCAGAGAGAUUCGAAACACUUGGUGAUUAUUGGAAAAUGCCCGUUCCAUCUAGUUACAAUGAUAUUUCUACAAACUCAACCAUACGAGAUUACGUCGGAUGGUCGUGGUAUCAAUAUGAGUUUUAUGUACCAAAAAGAUGGACCGAUGAUCAGCUAAACGUAUUUUUGCGGUUUGGCAGUGUGCAUUUCAAGUCAAUCGUGUGGUUAAAUGGUCAAUUAUGUGUAGAACACGAAGGAGGUCAUUUACCAUUUGUUGGCGAUGCUACUCGUUUUCUUAAAUAUGGUGAAUCUAAUCUAAUUGUCGUUGCUGUAAAUAACACGCUGCGACCGGAUACUAUACCACAAGGAUAUACGAAAUCCCGAACAACACGUACAAGUAUCCAAAAGGUUAUAGAAUAUAUUCUCACGAGUUUGAUUACUUUGAUUAUUCUGGUAUAA